GCAGGCCAGUCCCGCUUGCCGCCUAGCCCCGGCGUCCGCGACCAAGGCCGGCCAGCCGUCGACGGCGUCCACACUGUCGGAUGCCCCCUGCUCACGGCAGGCAUGGUCGCACGGAGCAGCAUUUGAGGUGGAGGGAACCAGGCAACCAGGGGGGCAUCCUCCUCGUCUCCACGGCAGACGCUUGCCAUGUGUUCGUGCAAAUGCUUCUGUAGGCGUAUGCGCUCCGAUCUGUCGAAAUGAAUCGUCGGUCCGGGUACAUGCUGCUAUUGCUUCAAAAGGAAGAAUAAGGAUCCAGUUUUUUUCCCGCAAUUGCGUGGCCUGUCCAUGCCUCGGUCAAGCUUGAUUUCACACAAGCAAAGAGAGCAAUCUAACACUCUUUUCGCUCACUCAUGGAGGAACAAUAGUUCUCUGGAUGAUAUUGGUCCACGUUGUGAACCUUCUUCCCAUCCGUUUGGUCUGUGCAAGACAAGAGCAGCAGCUUUCGGCUAUCCAUGUGAAGAUCACAUGGUCACAACAGAAGAUGGUUAUAUUCUUAGCCUAAAGAGGAUUCCUCAUGGUGUUUCUAACUCGACCAAGAAUACAACGAGGAUACCAGUACUACUAUUCCACGGGCUCAUGGUGGAUAGCGUUUCUUGGGUACUGGGUACGCCAAAACAAUCACUUGGAUUUAUUUUGGCAGAUGGUGGGUUUGAUGUUUGGUUUGCCAACACCCGUGGAACUAAUUCCAGCCGGAACCAUACCUCGCUCACCCCAGAUGAUCCGGAGUACUGGAAUUGGACGUGGGACCAACUUGCUGCCUAUGAUCUUCCUGCCGUGCUUCAGCAUGUCUAUGAUCACACAGGAGGCCAGAAAGUUCACUAUAUCGGUCACUCCCUGGGAACCUUGAUUAUUCUUGCAGCCUUCUCUGAGCACAGGUUACUUCAUUUAGUUCGAUCGACUGUGUUGCUCUGCCCAAUUGCUUAUCUGUAUAAGACAAAAUCGAAACUCACCCGGCUUGCUACUCAAAUCCUCCUUGCAGAGGCAUUUCACUUUCUAGGAUAUCGUGAGUUCAAUCCUGUUGGGCCAGUUUCACAUGAAAUUCUGCUCAUAAUAUGCGGUGACCCUGAAAUCGACUGCUACGACCUAUUUACGGCUGUUAUGGGACCGGACUGCUGCCUCAAUGCUUCAACUGUAUGUAACUUCCUGCAGCAUGCUACACAGUCCACCUCUAUCAAGAACCUUAUUCACAUGUCGCAGAUGAUCAGGUACGAAGGGGUCAGAAGGUAUGACUAUGGCAACGCCAAGGAAAACAUGAAGCAUUACAACCAGCCACGCCCCCCGCUGUACAACCUCUCAUCCAUCCCGACCCAUGUCCCCAUGUUCCUCACCCAUGGUGGCCAAGACUUCCUCGGCGAUGUCCCUGACACCAGGCACCUCCUGAACACGCUGGUCAGAACCCAUGACAGCGACAACAUGGAGGUACUGUACGUGCCCGACUACGCCCACGCCGACUUCGUGAUAGGCUAUAAUGCUCCGCAACUAGUAUACCAGCCGAUGGUCGACUUCCUUCAGCGUCACUGAGAGAGUCGCCACUUCAGGUCUCUCUCCGAGCAGGCCUUCAGCAGUAACUUCCUAUCAGCCUGUGCAACCAACCAAAACUUCAACCACAUAUUACUUGUCCGUGUAUAUGGCUUGUGUAUGGUCUUAGCAUAUGUCUGCAAAUCAGAGUGAGUAGAUGCCAGUUUGAUCAUGCUAGAGAGUGGACUACUCUGUCAGAUAUUCAGUUUCAUGUAUCCAGUUUACCCGUAAUGUCGAAUCCCACGUUAUCACUUUAUUUAGAAGUCUCGGAUUCUGGACCCA